AUGCAUUGCUCUGCUCGUUUGGCUGAUAUGUUAAUCAAAUUCUCAACUGAUCUACAAGCUCAGUUUUUUGUCGGGGGUCCCGAGUUCUUGAUGGAUGAAAUUAAGGUUCUUGAAGAGUGUAAAUGUAUAGGAUUGCCUAAUUUCAUCCCAAGAUCAGCCUUCGCAGCUAUACUUUCAAAAUGUGUUGAUGCAAUACAUGCUAAGCCGGUAGAGUUCAUGAGAGAGGUAUGGGACUACGUGGAAGCUGUGCUCUUAUCUGUCAUCACCAAAUACUCUGAAAACUUCCCUCAGAUUCAGCCUUCCAUCCAACGAGCUUGUAGGAGACUAAUCUCUAAGAUCAAAGAACAGUCAGUGACUAGAGUGAUCGAAAUGGUGGAGAUAGACAAAAUGACGGAUUACACAUGUAACCCUGAGUACACGACGGUGUGCACGCAGAUGGUAGCUGCACAAGGAAGCUUCGUCAACGCUGUGACCUCAUCAAACAUUCUUUGCUUUACCUGGGUUUGGAAAUGUUGUGAUUACGCAUUUAAGGAAGUAUCCCGCUCAGUUGCUGCAUCAAGCGUUUGA